AAGCCAGGUACAGGACCUAUUCGCCAGGCAGAAAUAAUGAAGACUUCAGAGAAGUGUUCUUUCUAAUGUUUUAGAAUGUUUAUUUGAAAGACGAUUAGCUGUUGUAAGUAUAUGUUGUUUUACUAAGUGUCAUUGAAGCAAAAAACUUUGUGUUUAGAGUUAUUUUUUUCCUUCAAGUUCUUCUGAACGUUUACAUAAAACACGUAUAGAGUUUGAAUCUCAAUAUUCGACACGAUGAACGAAACUACGGAUAUAUUCACCACCAUACUGACAAUUCUGGAAGACAUAUAUGACGUAAACGUCACAAAUGAAACGGAUAUGGGUUCGUAUUUACCCAAUUCAUCAGAAAUCCCAACUCUACUGAACAUCACCCGAGACGUUCCGUUCAAGUACGCAAUGCCCUUGUUUGGCUACAUUAUGCCAUUCUUACUAUUAGUGACGAUAGUGGCUAACACUUUAAUUGUAGUGGUCCUGGCGCAACGACAUAUGCGCACUCCAACUAACCUGGUCCUUCUGGCCAUGGCCAUUUCUGACCUGUUAACUCUGUUGUUUCCGGCACCUUGGUAUUUCUAUAUGUACACCCUGGGUAACUACAACAAGGUACUGUUUCCUAUCCCUGCCUGCUACUCCUAUCACUACAUGUAUGAAGUGGUCCCUGCAUUCUUCCACACCGCUUCCAUCUGGCUCACUCUGGUCCUUGCUGUUCAACGCUACAUCUACGUGUGUCACCCGACGGUUGCCACCACCUGGUGCACCGUCCCACGUGUUGUAAAGGCUAUGGUGUCGGUGUACCUCUUAGCGUUCUUCCACCAGUCCACCAGGAUCUUCGACCGUGUAUUUCACGCGAUAACCUUCAGGUGGAACAGUGGAGUUCACACAGGUUGCAUGUUUCAGACAGCAAGUUGGGUGAGAAACGUCAUCAAUGAAAACGUCUACUUUACCUACUACUACGUCUUUCGCAUACUAUUUGUUCACAUAGGCCCUUGCACGGCUUUAGUCGUGUUGAAUGUGCUGCUUUUUCAAGCUCUCAAAGAAGCCCAGCGGAAGCGAGACAAACUUUUCAAGGAAAACCGUAAGAGCGAGUGUAAGAAGCUGAGAGACAGUAACUGUACCACUCUUAUGUUGAUCGUUGUGGUGACAGUAUUCCUUGCUGUGGAGAUCCCUCUGGCGGUGACAACUCUGCUCCACGUCAUGCAGAAUGCUCUCGAACUCCAGAUCGCCGACUAUAAUGAUUUGAACGCCACCAUUCUGUUUACCAACUUCUUCAUCAUGCUCAGUUACCCUUUCAACUUUGCCAUCUACUGUGGUAUGAGUCGACAGUUUCGAGAGACCUUCAAAGACUUGUUCAUGAUGGGUAAUCUCGUCAGCAGACGCGAAGGUUCUUCUAGAUAUAGCCUCGUUAAUGGACCACGAACAUCAGCACACGAGACUAUUUUAUAAAAUGAGAACACUCUAAGGCCGCUUUGGUGAAGACAAGAAAAACAUCGGUAAAUCAAAUUUAACUAGGGCGGACAUUGAUAUAAUACAAGGACUUAAGGCUUCUAAGCCAAAAGAUUUUGAACGAAAAGAUAAGCCUCAAAUAUUGAUAAAUGCUCUCAGACUUUGCGAAAACUUGAAUACCUACUUUGUGCUGAUAUUCUUGUUAGGUAAGGCUUACUGGUUAUUGUGUUGUAAACUCAGAGUUCCAGCCUCUUUCCCUUGCGCUAGGCGAUGUGCUUAUACUAAUAAUUCGGGGCUCAUUAGUGUAAGCCCUCCCAACCACAAGGGAGGUUGGAACAGCUUUCGGAUGUGUAGUCUUUACCGUUAAUCUCUGCGCUUCGUGUACAAGUGUUUAGUAAGCCAUUGUUUCAUUAUUGAAAGAACAAAGAAAUGCUCGUUUCUCUGUUGUUAAAUAUGUCGCUUUUUUGUUGAAUGUUAUAGUUCGCUUGUUAAGACCUCUGUAUAAGAUUGGUUCAAUAAA